CCGUCGCCCACUUAUUACACCGUUGGCCGCCAUAGAAUCAGCGUGAUUGGUGUUGCAGCGCAACAAGCGAAACGUAUGUUCUGUGGAGGAAAGCAGCUGAAUCAUAGUUUGGCCUGUCGAACGACGUACAAAUGUCAAGUCCAGAGAAGUGCAAGCUUAAGGGUGGCCACCCGCCAGCAGUAAAAGCGGGCGGCAUGAGGAUUACCCAACAUAAAACGCCGAAAGAGGAACGGGAAAUAAAGCCGAUCAAGGAUGCGGACGAGAGUAAACCGUCGAGCAGUCCACCCAAGACUAUAAUGAUCAGUGGAUUUCCAGCAAAGGGAAAUGCAGAUUUUCCUCCAGAAGCUGUACAAGUCUUCCAUGACAAACCCACACCGACUCACGACGCUCGUCCCAUGCAUUGUUCGCGUCCUAUCAUGAUACAGCAGCCUAGGAAGUGAAUGGUGCACGUAUACUCUAUAAAAUUGGGCUGUUGUAAAGAACAAGAGCCCUUAUAUUCAAAUAUUAAAUUUAAAA